GAUCACAACUUUCUUUGAAUUGAUCUCAAAUUGAUCUCAAAACAUUGGAACCCCAUAUCAAAAUCUAAAUCUAAUCAUUCAAAAUGGGUCUCUCAAGCCUUCCUGCUCCAUCUGAAGGUGUUCUUUGCAUCCUUUUGGUAAACACAGCUCUCUCCAUCUCAAUCAUGAAAGGCAUAAUCCGGUCCAUCCUUCACAUAGUCGGCAUCCGAUUAUCAUGGACAUCAUCAGAUUCAGUCGAGACCGCACCAGAGCCAUUCGAGUUCUGUUUAAAUCCAUCAAAUACCUUGAUAGAGGAAUUCCGUUACCGAACUCCAGCAAUCCGAUUUGGCUCUGCCUUCAAAUACCAAUCUGAACAAGAGUGUCCAGUCUGUCUGAGUGGAUUUGAACCAGAUUCGGAGAUAAACCAACUGGGUUGUGGCCACUUAUUCCAUAAGGUUUGUUUGGAGAGGUGGCUAGAUUACUUGAACAUCACCUGCCCACUUUGUAGAACUCCAUUGAUGCCCGAAGAAGAAGCUUCCUGCAUUUGGUGAAUGUACCAUGAAUGAGAAGCUCACUUGAGUCAGUGUACAUAGCAGUAUUGUACAGGACUUUAAUGGUAGCGACUAGGUUGUUCAUCUGUGUUGUUGCCGCCGUAUUUUUCAAGGCUCCUUGUUACCUUGUACGUGGGUGCUUUGUAACAGAAGUUUUAUUGUACAGAGACAAGCUCUUCUCCUAAAAGAUCUAUUUUUGAGUA